UGCUCAUCAUCUCUUAGUCUCUCAAGAUGAUUGGUUCUUCUCAUUCCUUUGGUAUACUUGUUCUAAUGACUCCUUUCUAUAUUGGGUUGUUGUCUUCCAUAGUGAUUUUAAGUGUUCCGGCCUCAGCUUCAAAUACAAGUUGCAAUUUUCCAGCAAUCUUCAACUUUGGGGACUCAAAUACUGAUACAGGAGCUGAUUCUGCUGCCUUCUCUCUUGUCACCCCACCCUAUGGGGAGACCUUUUUUCACAUGCCUGCUGGAAGACCUUCAGAUGGAAGGCUCACCAUUGAUUUCAUGGCUGAAAGUUUCGGAUUACCUAACCUCAGCGCAUAUCUCAAUUCAUUGGGAACUAACUUCAGCCACGGUGCUAAUUUCGCGGUAUCGGGGGCAACAAUCAGGCCGUCGGAUAAAAGCCGAACUGGGAGAGGACCCAGCCCCUUCUACUUGGAUGUGCAAGUCUCCCAGUUCCAACAAUUCAAAUCCAGAUCACAGUUAAUCAGGAACCGAGGUGGAAUCUACACAAAUUUGUUACCCAAGGAGGAGUUUUUUGGUCAAGCUUUGUACACAUUUGAUAUUGGUCAAAAUGAUAUCGGUUUGGGUUUAUUCAGCAACCUAUCUUUAGCGGAAAUCAAAGCUGACAUUCCUGAUGUAAUUAGCAAGCUCUCCAAGAAUAUUCAGGCAGUGUAUGGUUUAGGAGGGAGAUCAUUCUGGAUCCAUAACACCGGUCCUAUUGGCUGUUUUGCAUAUAUCCUUAUAAACUUUCCAGUGAGUAACGCAUCUGACAUAGAUAAAGCUGGUUGUGCAACUCCUUAUAAUGAGGUAUCACAAUACUUCAAUCAGAAGUUAAAGGAAGCUAUUGUGGAAAUGAGAAAGCAACUUCCCUUGGCUGCCAUCACAUAUGUGGACAUUUACUCUGUCAAGUACCUUCUCAUGAGCCAACCUCAGGACUUUGGAUUUCAGCAACCACUAGUAGCUUGUUGUGGCUUUGGAGGAAAAUAUAACUUCAGCAAUACUGCACGAUGUGGGCAGACAGUAGUUGUGGAUGGGAAACCAACAUUCAUAGGAUCUUGCGCAAACCCUUCUGUUAGAGUUAACUGGGAUGGAAGCCAUUUAACCGAGGCAGCUAAUAAAUUUAUUGUCGAUAAAAUUGUGACUGGAAAAUUUUCAGACCCACCAAUCUCUUUACAAAAUGCAUGCAAGAGGGAUGAAUCUUCUACAUAAUCAGAUUACCCUAGAUAGCUAGAGUUUGAUCUAUCUAUUGUUUGUAAUCUGUAUUGAUAAUAUGUCAUGAAAUAAUAAAGUCUUAUAUUUACCCUUUAAGUAA